CCCUUCCUUUCUUGAACAACGGCCGAAAGAUAAGAAGAGAAUCCCGCUCGAGAACUAGAAGAAACAAAAAAAAAUCGUAUUUUUCUCCAUCCACCUAGACACGUUUCGAUUCAGCUUCAAUGGCGAGAAACGAAGAGACAACUCCUUUGCCUCCGUCUCCUCGAGAAUCAUUAAGCUCAUUACGAGCUCGAUCUGGACCGGACCUCUUUUUAGUCGUUUGUAGGUGUUUCAGCGUUGUGACUGCACUCACCGCCAUUCUUUGUAUUGCCGUCAACCUUCUCUCCGCCAUUCAAUCCUUCAAAAACGGGUCUGAUGUUUUUGAUGGAAUAUUCAGGUGUUAUGCGGUGAUUAUUGCGGUUAUUGUGGUGGUUGCCGAGACUGAGUGGGGAUUUAUCAUCAAGUACUGGAAGGUACUGGAGUAUUGGGUUGGCAGGGGCAUGCUGCAAAUCUUUGUUGCGGUAAUGACGAGAGCUUUCCCCGACUAUUCUUCAAAGCAGAAGCAGCUUGUUAUUCUAGAAAAUGUAGCAAGUUAUUUGCUCCUUGGUUGUGGUGUAGUUUAUGUUGUUUUGGGAAUUCUGUGCAUUGGGUGUCUCAAACGGGCUCAACAGAAGAAAAAAACUACGAGGGUGCAGGCUAUCAAGGAUCUGGAGGAAUUAGAGCAGCGGAGGGAGGAGCUUGAGCAAUCACUUGUGGCAGACAGGUCUUGAAGCAAUUUGUUUCAGUGUUGUAGUUCAGAUAACCAAACACUAGGUGAAUCUGAUGUUUGUAUGCUAUAGUUGUCUCCAAAUCUGAUCCUGUUGUUGUUUUUAGAACUGGACAUUCCACAUGAGCUUAUUUGUAAAUUUUAUAAAGUAUGAGUGCAAAGCCAUGUGUCUGAUUCUUUUUUGUCGUCGUCGUCGUCUGGCGAUAGUAAUUUCCACUUUGAUUUCCGUGUUGUUACUCGGAAUGGCGUUUAAUAGUACCAGUUGCAGCCUGCGAGCUUCUAUGUUUGAGAA